CAGGGCCUGGCUGGGCGCAGCGGCACAAGAUGAGGCCCUCGAGCCUCCCGGGCGCUCGGUCACCGCGCCGAAGCGGGCGCGGGCAGAGUCGCCGCCACCUACUGCCAGGCGGCCUCAGAACAGGAAGCCGUGCGCCGGCCGCGGAGGCCCGCCCCCAUGUAGCGACGAGCCCGCCGGCCCCAGGGACGGGAGCGAGGGGCGGGGGGGAGCAGGGAGGCGGAGAAGCGGGGCGGACGCCGCAGAGAAGCUGCGCCUCCGCAACCGCUCAGAGGCCGCUUUGCCAGGCAGCCGCGGCAUCCAUGUUGACGGCCUAAAGCGGAAGUCGUUAGGCAGAACGGAAGGGGAACCUGCAGGGGGACUUCCGACAGCAACCUGUGCCUUUUCUCGCGGCUGUCGGGCGCCAGGACUCUAGUGGGGCGCGUGGGAGCGGGGCGGGGCCGGCGCGCGGGCGGGAAAAGCGGAAGCGGGGGCGCGCGCCGCCGGAAGCGGGCGUGAGGGCGGAGCCGGCGGCGUCACCGCGAACGUCAUCAGUUGCCCCGCCCUUGCCCUCGGCGCCCUCCCAGGUUUCAAAGGCACCAGUUUGGCCUGAGCAGAGCCUCUGAAAUCAGACCUCUUAGAAUAAAAUCCUAGCUCCACCACUUAAGAUCUGAAUGCUCUCCAGCAAGUUCCUGUACUACUCUGGGUCAAGUUUCCUCAUCUGUAAUAACAGUAUUUACCUCAGAGGAUGAUUGUGAAGAAAAAAUGAGUUAACGUUUGAAAGGGCUUAAAACAAUCCAUCCCCACUUCUCCACCUGCUCUGUGCCCAGAGACCUCUAUGGACUCCACCAACAGGCUCCUGAGCCUUCUGGCUUCCAGCGUGGUCAUCUCCGGCUGGCUGCAUGCCUUGACAACGGUUACAGCUGCUACCAAGUGCGCUCUCUGCAUACAGCUCUCAGUCUCCGGGUUCUUUGGAAGCCUGACGGAGCCCCCACAGUUUCGCCAGCCCUAUCUCUAAUGGUUUCCCUAUACCCUGCCCACACUUUCACAAAUGGUCCCUUAUUAAACUCGUCUCAAAUUACCCAA